ACGAAUCGGCCCCCCAAAAACAAACAGUUUAUUCUGUGAUCAUGGCGUUGCCCACUGCCAAUUGGGAUUCGCUUGGACAACAAGUUUUUAAAAAACAAGAAUUCUGUCAAUUACAAUGGGGAGCAAAAAUCUCUUUGGAUGAAUAUGAUAUUUUUGCCGCUUCCUAUGGUGGCCCUAUUGCAUUGCUUCGAAAAGAACUUCCGAUGCGAAAGGUCAACUAUAGAUUGAUUGAAAUCUUUACUGCUCUUGGUGAUCAAUUGUCCACUUUGACCAUAAAAGAUGUGGAUAUCAUCACCAUCGGUUGGUCACAUCAAGAAGAUUUGGUCUGUGUUCACGCAAAUGGAUUCAUUUCUUUAUACGAUCUAUUUGGACAACAUAUCAGCACAUUGACAUUGGAUCAAGAGAUACGUGAUUCAAAAAUAAUCGAAUGUAAAGUCUUUACAACAAUUAACCGAACCGGUGUUGCCAUAUUGACACAAUCGUUAAGUUUUUAUCUUUAUAACAAUUUGUAUCAUUUGAAACUACGACGUCUUGCCGAGAUACCAUAUCUGAAUGAACGGCCUUUAUGCUGGGAUAUUAUAUCGUUCGAUUCUGACACCAAACUCAUUGUUUCUCGGGAAAAAGAACUAAUCAUUCUUAAAUCUCAAGAUUUAAGCUGUACUUUAAUCAAUCCGUUCGAUGAUGAACAAUCCAAAGAAACUGUCACUUUGCUUCGUGUAUCGUUCGAUUAUAGCCACAUUGUUUUAUUUACCGAAACUGGAAAAUUAUAUUUGGCCCUAACUGCCAAUGAUAUUUCCACUCAUUACAGCAUGUUCGACACAGAAAGUAAAACUAAACCAAAACAAUUGGCUUGGUGUGGUAACGAUGUAGUGGCUGCUCAUUGGGCUAAUCUAUUAUUUCUAGUCGAUAUGGAUCGAAAUUGGCUCAAAUAUCCGACAUAUGGUCAUGUACAUAUGAUACAAGAGAUUGAUUGUAUCCGAGUUGUUGAUAAUUCAUUUCAAGAAAUGAUCACCAAAGUAGACAAAGCUGCUGUCGAUAUAUUCAAAAUUGGUUCAGUUUCAAGUGGUUCAAACCUUUUGGAAGCCAGCCGGCUAUUCGAUCAACAGAAUCAUAAAGUGGAUGAUUACAUUCGAUUGAUUCAAGAGAAAAACGAAAUGGAAAUGGCCGUUAAUAUGUGUCUGGAAACGGCUUGUCAUGAAUUCAAUGUAGCUACACAGAAAAUGUUACUUCGUGCAGCUUCAUUUGGAAAAUGUUUUACGGCCAAUAUGGAUAACAAUAAAUUUGUACGAGUUUGUCAAGAAUUGCGAAUAUUAAAUGCCAUACGAAAACCUGAUGUUGGUAUACCAUUAACGCAUUGUCAAUUUGAACAAAUAAAAAUCGAUUCUCUUAUCGAUCGUCUUACUGAAAGACAUCAUUUUUUUCUUGCAUUAAAAUUGGCUGAAUAUUUAAAAAUAGUACCGGAAGACGGCAGCAUAAAAAUAUUGACUAGAUGGGCAUUCUACAAGAUUCGACAACAAGAUAUUGAUGAAGAAAAGAUAGCCAAUCAAAUUGCACAGAAAAUUUCACCAAAUUCCGGUGUAUCGUUUGCCGAAAUAGCCAACAAAGCUAUUGAAUAUGGUCGAAAAAAUUUAGCAAUACGAUUACUUGAUUAUGAAUUGAAAGCAACUGAUCAGGUUCCAUUGUUGCUGAAAUUGAAAGAAUAUCGACGAGCAUUACAAGGUGCAAUUGAAAGUGGUAAUACAAAUCUCAUUUAUAUGGUUGUAUUGAGUUUUAAAAAAAUUCAAACUUCCGAACAAUUUUAUCUCGGUUUACGAGAAUAUCCAGUGGCCUAUAGUCUUUAUCAGAAGUAUUGUAAACAAGAUGAUCAAGAUCAACUACAAAAUAUUUACUUUCAAGAGAAUGAUCUUAUUGCCGAAGGUCUUACCUAUUUGGAACAAUGUUGUAUCACACAGCCAUUAUCAUUGACUGCUAAUGAACGAAAAUCAAAAAUGAGCCUAGUUAGUUCGGCAUUGGAUACAUUUAAAAAAUCUCGAAAUGAUUUUCUCACCACACAUACUGAUGAAUAUUCUCGUUUAUUGAAAUAUCAACUGAAAUUAGAGGAUAAAUUUUCAUCAACAACACCGACUGGAUUAAAGUUUUUUGAUCUUUCACUACAGGAUACGAUGCGAUUAUUAUUACAACGUGGUGAAUAUAAAUUAAGUGAUGAACUAAGAAAAGAAUUUAAAGUACCCGAUAAACGUUAUUAUUAUCUACGUUUGAUUACAAUGGCCGAAAUGGAUGAAUGGCUAGAGCUUGAACGAUUUUCGAAAGCAAAAAAAUCACCAAUUGGUUAUGAGCCAUUUGUCGAUGUCUGUAUUCAACGUCAAAAUCGUUAUGAAGCACAAAAAUAUUUACCGAAAAUUCGUGAUGAAAACAAGAUUAAAUAUUAUAUAAAAACUGGAAAUCUUGAAGAUGCAGCUAAAUUUGCUUUUGAUAAAAAAGAUGUAGAAGCUCUAAGUUUUAUUCUAACAAAAUGUUCAUCACCAUCAAUUGGUGGUAGUAGCCAUCAUCGAAUGUUGCAGGAAAAAAUUCGAACAAUGAUUGGCCAAAUCAGUAAAUAAUAAUGUAAUAACGAA